AUGGUGCGGGAUGAGGAAGAUGAAGAAAGGAGUUUGAUGGGUCAUGGCAAGACUAGUGCAUGGGCGGAUCGUCAGAUGGUGAAGGGGUCGGACUGGUUCGGCAGAGCCGAAACUGGGUGGAAUGGUCCAAACUCAUUCCCGAACCGGUAUGUCUCUGACCAAGGAAGCAGCCGAUCGCGGCAAGGGCGACUGGCGAACGGUGCGAGAGGGGUCGGGAGGCUCCUACCUUUUCUACGGGGCAGUUCGAAUGGAAUAUGGGACCCUGGACAGGCAGCAUGA